AUGGCUGAAUCGUUUGCUUUUGCCAUAGCUGACGGAGUUUUGGGGAAGUUGGGCUCUGCUCUCAUCCAAGGAGUCGGCCUUGCUUGGGGUGUUCAAACCGAGCUGGAAGAGCUCAGAGAUACUUUAUCCACCAUCCACGCCCUGCUCUUAGACGCUGAGGAGAAGCAAGCAACCAAUCGUCAGAUUAACGAUUGGCUUGGAAAGCUCAAACUCGUCCUUUAUGAUGCAGAGGAUGUGCUCGAUGAAUUUGACUAUGAAGCUUUGCAGCAGCAGGUGGUGGCCAGCGGAAGCAUUACAAAAAGACAGGCGUGUAGUGCCAAGCAAACGGGAGAUGACCCACUCCUUUGUUCGUUCUUCCGAUGUUAUCGGAGAGACCAUGAUAAGGAAAAUAUUGUUGGACUUUUAAAGCAAUCUAGUGAUACUGAGAAUGUUUCUAUUAUUCCCAUAGUUGGGAUUGGGGGGCUAGGCAAGACAACUCUGGCUAAACUUGUGUAUAACGAUGAGAGGGUGGCGGGCCAUUUCCCAAUUAAGAUGUGGGUUUGUGUGUCAGAUGAGUUUGAUAUUGAAAAUCUGGUAAAGAAAAUCCUUAAGGAGAUGAAAGGUGAUGAAAAGUACAGUGACUUCUCCAUGGAGCAGUUGCAGAGUCGUCUUAGAAAUGCAUUAGAUGGUGAAAAGUUCUUGCUGGUUUUGGAUGAUGUGUGGAAUACAGAUCGUGAGAAGUGGCUUAAGCUGAAGGACUUGCUCAUGGACGGUGCCAAUGGAAGCAAAAUUCUUGUAACUACACGCAAGAAAUCAGUUGCUUCAAUCAUGGGCACUUUUCCCAUGCAAGAAUUAAAGGAUCUUUCCCAUGAGGAUUGUUUGUCUUUAUUUGUGAAAUGUGCAUUUAAGGACGGAGAAGAUAAUCAAUAUCCAAACCUUCUAAAAAUUGGGGACCAGAUUGUUGAGAAAUGUGCAAGGGUUCCUCUUGCUGUGAGAAGUUUAGGGCGUAUACUUUAUUUGAAAAGGGAUGAACAUGAUUGGGUAUCCAUUAGAGAUAGCGAAAUUUGGAAAUUAGAACAAGGUGAAAAUGGUAUUAUGGCUGCAUUAAGGCUGAGCUAUUAUGAUUUGCCUCAUCACUUGAAACAAUGUUUUGCCCUUUGUUCGAUAUUUCCCAAAGAUUUCAAAUUUUCUAAUAAGUUCUUUAUCCCAUUUUGGAUGGCGCAAGGCCUCAUUCAAUUAUCCGGACAAAAUGCAAGAAUGGAGGACAUUGGCGAGAGAUAUAUUAAUGAACUAUUAUCGAGAUCUUUCUUUCAAGAUGUUGAGCAGCUGGUACCAGGAGUACUAUAUGUAUUCAAAAUGCAUGAUCUUGUACAUGAUCUUGCCAUGUUUGUUGCACAACCUGAGUACUUCACACUAAGUUUUCAUAAUAAAGAUAUCCCCAAAAGGAUUCAACAUGUUGCAUUUUCUGAUACCGAUUGGCCAAAAGAAGAGUAUGAAGCUUUAAGAUUUUUGGAGAAGCUAAACAAUGUCCGUACUCUUUAUUUCCAAAUGAAAAAUGCAACACCUAGAAGCAAAUCAUUUGUUAGUGUUGCAUCUUGA